UACAAUGUUGAUAAACAAUUUAAAAAGAAGCAUAAUCGAACUGCGUAAGAUAAAUCGAAAACCCUUUGUUUUCCGUUAGGAAUGCUUUGUAAAAAAUCUUCGUUUUUUACAAAAAUCUUUCUUUAAAGGGAUCACAGCAAAGGCUAAAAAGUAAAAAUUUUCUAAUUUUUAAGACGAUGAAGACGUUUAAGGAAACGCCUAGUAUCAAAACGGAAUUAGUCAUCAAUGAGUUGGCUGAGGACACAUUGUGGAAUCCUUUAAAGAAAAAAACCAAGGAUUUACUAGCUGUGUGGAAUGGAGCCAGUUUGAGAAAUCAUUUUCUAGUUGAUGAAGCAAGCGAAUACGAUAGUGACAAGGAAAUGGAGAUGGUUCAAUGGUAUCUUUUAAAAAAAAAAAAAGAAAAGGAAUCUUUUCAAUACCAAGACGAUAUUAAAAAGCAGAGUGCGGAAGAAUUAAAAGCAACUCAUUAUCAGUUUAUCUCAAACGGAAAUGACGUUAUAAGACGCUAUAAGUGUCCUGCGUGUCCACGUUAUUUCUCCUCUAAUUACUUACUGCGUUUUCAUCAUGAUGCAGAGCAUCUUCACAAAAUUUUUACGUGUUCUUUUUGUAAAGAACAAUUUAGUAAUUAUAGAAAAAGGCAGCGGCAUAUUCUUACAAAACACCAUUUAUUUGAAACAGCUCAAAAAUGUACUUUUUCAAAUUGCCCUAAAACCUUUAAAAAUCCCGUAUCUUUACGUGAGCAUAUUCUAAGUGUUCAUAAGAAAAAUGAUAAAAAGUGCUUUCAAUGUGAUCAAUGUCAAAAUGAAAAAUUUUUACACCAAUCCGCUUUAAAUAAACAUAUGUUACUAAAACACUGCCCUCGAACCCCUGAAGGGUUUUUUCGGUGCACUUUUUCUUCCUGUAGUUGCGUGUCGAAAAAUUAUAUUUCUUUUCGAAGGCAUUUAAACGUUCAUAAAGAUAAAGCCCUUCAAUAUUCCUGUGAUCGACCCGAAUGCACGAAAAAGUUUUCUUGCUUCACCGACCUUGUGAAACAUCGUCAUUCUGAACAUAAAAAUUCUCUUUUUACCUGUGAUGCGUGUGAGAAGAAAUAUUUUACUCUGAAAAAAUAUCAAUCUCAUCUUCUUCAACACGAAACUUUAAAAAAAAAAAUCAUUUCAAUGCGUACGUUAUAUUCAGUUUUACACCUUAAAUUUUUGGUUUGUGUAACUUGUACUCCAGUAUUUUUAUGCCCUGUUGCGACGUGUGGAAAAACAUUUUCAUCCAAGCGAAAUAUGUACGAGCAUCUAAUUCACGUUCAUUUAAGGCUCAAAUCCUAUCAAUGUACCUAUUGUUCUCAUCAUUUCACUACCUUUAAUGCAGCACAGCAUCAUUUGAAAAAGUUUCAUACCGUUGAAUCCCACGCUCAAUCGAUGGCAAACAUUCAAGUCAUUUAUCAUGUUUCCUGUAUCAAUACCGAACAGGCUGUUCAAAGAGUUGCCACAGCUUUCUGUAAACAAACCUUUCCCUCAUCUAUCCUUCGCCCUAAUGGAAUGGGCCUCCAGCUUACCGACGAGGUUGAAAAACAGCUUAUUGAAAUUUCAAAAGAUACGUCGUACGGUCUUAUUCGAAAAAAAAGAAUUCACAAGGCGAACGUUUUAAAAGAUUGUCCGAAUCCUUCUGGUACUUGUAUUGAAACUUAUACCCAAAAAAAUUCCUUACUGAACAGUAUAAAAGAAACGACUGAGAAAAUUCAUUUUGACGUGACCGGAUUAACCAACACUCAGGCUAAUAAAAAUUUCUGUUUGCAUAAAAGAAAACACCAAUCUAAAUUAUAG